AUGGAAAGGGAGAAGGACAGGUUUGGGGCUGAAGACUUUAGGCAAGGCCUCGAGGUUCUGGACAACGAGAUGGGCAAGGAUGACUGGCUCAUUGCAUUCGCACCUAUUACCCUCAUCUCGACUGGGGGGUUCCUCGCGACAAACUUUUUCCGGAAUCGAGAAAGCACUGGCGACAUAGACUAUCUCCUAGAGCCGCAAUGGGCGCAUGAUAAUGACAUCAAAAAGCCUUUACAGAAUGCGGUCACCAGAGCGGCCCGACGCCUGGGGUUCAUCGACGACUGGGUAAACGAGGAACUCGCCUUCUUCGUGCCGGAUCAGUUCCGGCAACUCCUGUUCGAGCGCGCCGAGGAGCAGAAUAUUGUUCUGUGGGAAGGGACACAUCUCAGGGUUCUUGCGGUGCCGUUGGAAUGGGCGCUCGAGCGGAAGCUACGUCGCAUCCAUAACAGCAGCGGACAUACAAAGCGAGCGUCUGAUAUCGCCGACGUGCUGGCGAUCCUGAAGCAUCUGCGGACGCAGAAUGAAGCGCCCUUGGAUAGAGAGUAUAUCCGAACCCUGAAUAUCUGCUCAUUUGAGACACCACCCGACCAGACAACAAUGAAUGAAAUCGCUACUGCUUAUCGAGAGCAAUAUAAUGAGGAGGCCCUUUCCUGA